AUGACGACCACGAAUUUUCUCUCGUUACCUUACGAGAUCCGCAGCGAGAUCUACGCGCAAGCCUUUGGAAAGUCGAAUAAGGGUGUGCUGAGCACAAGUCGGCUGGACUCGGACGCCCUUCUAUUGUUGCCCACGCCAGAAGCAGGUCAGCAGUACUCUUGUCCUCGAAGCGGUCAGCUCUUGCGAGUGUGCAAAGCCAUCUACGAGGAAGCCAUCCCAAUACUAUACUCCCAAACCACGUUUCACACCAUGUCACAUCUUUUCGCCGGGAAAUUGCCAACUGCAUUUGCCACAGAGAACCACCCUUUCAGCGCAAACGUCAAGCAUCUGAUCUGGCAGGUCGAUUGUGAUAUGAUGAAGCAUUUGUAUGUGGAGGAUUUGCAGCUGAGGAAGGAGGAGUUCGUCAACCUGCAAACACUGGAGAUCCGCGCAAGGGCUGAGACGUGGCGGGACUCGUUUCUGGGAGAGGAGUGUGAUCGUGAGCGGUUCGUCAAGGGGCGCGAGCAGACCAUUCAAUACGCCAAGAUCCUGCGUGAGCUCAUGCGAGAUCCGGCUGACGAGGACGAGAUUGUUGAGGUGAUUGAGGACCGGACAUUCCUUGGCAGGGGAUGUGUGAGAGUGAGGCUCAACAGGAUAGGCGGUCGGUUGCGGUCGAGAAGGCCACUGUCUGCGAAUUGCUUGGCGAUCAUUCAGAGACUCAUCUUGGAGACCGAAGAGGCUCAACGACUGACCUGGUACCUACUCAGCACACCUCCACCUCACAAGAGGCAGAAGUCCACAGCGACCAAUGCCUCGUCGAGCGACGGUCCUGCAGACGUGCCUCCGCAGCCUAGAGCAGUGUUCGAUACGGCGCCUCCACCAUCUGCGCAACCUCCACCACCAAGAACGCAGGUCUCACUUGUUCCGCCACCAAGAACACCGCCUCAGAACUCUCGCAAGCGUCGCGCAUCGAACAGUCCCAAGUUCAACACGCUUCCGCCAGGCAUGACUCCAUCCAGACCCGAGCCUACUUCCAGCCUCUCCAUAUCGUCGUUACUCAGUGAAGACAGCGGCAAAAAGCGCACUGGCAGGACCAACACGCCAUGGACGGCGGCAGAAGAGCAAAGACUUAAGCAGAUGCGUGAUCUAGGCAACAGCUGGAGCGAUAUCGCCAAGGUCAACUACGACAACGUUCACCACGCAUUCCCUUCGAGGACGGAAGGAAGCGUAAAGAAACAUUGGUACAAGGACAUGCAUUACGCGGAGUUCGCCGAAGAUGAGUCAGUUGCUCUGCGAGACGCUAUACGCGAGUACGAAGCAAACAAGUGGAAAGCUAUCGGCCAGAAGCUCGGGAAGCCUGCCAAGGCUUGCGAGCAGUACGCGAAAGAGCAUUUCAAGAAUAUGUGA